AUGUCAAACAACAAUCAAUCUGAUGAUGGAAACCUCACGUGUAUUCCCUCCGAGAUCUGUCGCCUUGUAGCCGCUCUCCUGGAAAAUUGCGAUAUCAAGAAUCUUCGCCUGGUGUGCCGGGUGUUGCGUGACAACUUUCCUCUGCGCAUCGGGAGAGUCUUCCUCUCUGCCAAUCCGCUCAAUGUCCAGACUUUCCGCUCGAUAGCAGAGCACGAGGUCUAUCGGCACGGUAUCACCGAGAUAGUCUGGGAUGAUGCACAGCUGGUAGCCGGACUAGGGCAGGAGGAAGGGGAGGAGAUGCAGCAGGACCAAGGCUACCCCUCAGACGAGGAGAACGGACACUCUGCCCCACGAUGGUUCUCGCUUGCCUGUCGUAAGAACCUGGGUGACGAGCGUAGUCGCAAGGGUGUCGAGGAGCGCCCUGCCUGGAGAGCUAGGAUGCAGCAGCUGGAGGCGCAGCUACCUGUGCACGAAUCGUGGGCAAUCUAUCAAGAUCUGCUUCGCCAGCAGCAGCAGGUCCUGGCGGACGGAUCCGACAUCGCUGCCUUGAGGUACGGCUUGUCACGCUUCCCAGCGCUCCGCACAAUCACCGUCACCCCGGCAGCCCAUGGUUACCUCUUCGCCCCUCUGUACAAGACGCCCAUGAUCCGCUCAUUCCCUUACGGUUUCAACUACCCCAUCCCCCACGGGUGGCCGAUGCCCCGUCCUGAGGACCUGCCUUACGAGCUACGCCCAUGGUCAGUGAAGGCCGAACGUGAGCAGUGGCGUGGUGUUAGCAUUAUCCUCCGCGAGCUGGCCCAGCAGCCAUACCAUCGGGUCAACGAGCUCCUGUUCAACGUGCACAACGUCAGCACCGGCGUGAGUUCUCGUAUCCUUGAGCAGCCGUGCGAGGAGUAUGAGAACCUCGCGGCCCUGCUCGCCCGCCCGGGGUUCCGGUCCCUGGACCUGUCACUGCUUGCUGACGGGGAUGAGGACGGCGCCUGGGGAACUCUGCGUAACGGACGGCUGCACAAAGCACUGGCCAAAGCGACGGACCUCGAAUACCUCCACUUCCGGACUGAAACUGAUUUUGAUCAGUUCGACAUGCCAGACCAGGACUUCCCUCGCCUGCGCUCUCUGCUUCCGCUGGAACACUGGCCAAAGCUGCAACACUUGAGACUGACCAAGGUGCUGGUGGAUCACGACGAGCUCCUAGACGUGCUCAUCUCUCUCCCCACAAGCAUCUGCACCAUCGAGCUCAGCCAUCUGCGGUUCAUGGAAGAGGGCGGGGACCGUGGGUACCAGGAACUGAUGCGAGGCCUUCGUGAGGAUCUCGACUGGCGCAACCUGGCGCCAUCCCAGAGGCCCCGGCUCGUGGUGCAUGCAGACGCGAAUGGGAGCAGACACUUCCGGUACCAAGAUCUCGACGCCGAAGUCAAUGACUUUGCCUACGGGCAGGGAGAUAACCCGCCCGGGGACAUGUACGCCAGCCCGAGCGCCGGUGCCAUACGCAGCGCCUUUGAGCCUGAACUCGAGGUUUUCACGCUGCAUUACUAG